AAGUGCCGUGCGGCCGCUUCCUGUUUCAACAGAAGGGUGGGACAGGCGGAAGCAGCAUCUUGGGGUGCUUAUGUUAUUAGUCGCCGAGUGGUUGAAUUGAUUAUUUGUCCUUCAACAUGCCGGCGUAUCACUCAACGAUGCACGAGCAGAACACCAGGACGGUGGGGAACAUGGCUUUACUGCCCCUUAAAACGCAGUUUAAGGGACCAGCGAGAGGAGACGGCAUAGAUUCUGACAUCAUCGAUGAGGCUAUCUACUACUUCAAGGCAAAUGUGUUUUUCAAGAACUAUGAGAUCAAGAAUGAGGCAGACAGGACGUUGAUCUACAUCACACUCUAUAUUUCCGAGUGUCUAAAGAAGCUGCAAAAGUGUAGCUCCAGAGGCCAAGGGGAGAAGGAGAUGUACACCCUCGGCAUCACUAACUUUCCCAUUCCUGGAGAGCCUGGCUUUCCACUCAACGCCAUGUACGCCAAGCCCGCUAACAAGCAGGAGGAAGACACGAUGAGGCUCUACCUCCAGCAGAUCAGACAGGAGACCGGCUUGAGGCUGUGCGAUCGUGUGUUCGACCCCCAGACAGACAAACCGAGCAAGUGGUGGAUGUGUUUUGUCAAGAAGCAGUUCAUGAACAAGAGCCUGUCUGCUCCAGGACAGUAAACGGAGGGGGGGGCAGUGUUUGCAUCCGUGCCUCUUAGAUGGGACGCUUUAUUUCUUCAGGUUGGAUUUGUGCUGUUUGGGGUGCAAUUUGGAGUUGAUAAACCUCAUUUACAAAUAAUAUUAAAUUGAGCUGGUGCUUAAUUCAAUAAAGCAAUUAUGGUUGGAGGACAA